AUGGAGGCAUUUUCGGCACUUUCUUUAAUUGGCUUGGUAUAUAUUUGUGUCGUGGUGGAUAUAUACAGACGUGCCAUAAUUCAACAAGUGGGACCAACCAAAGAACACAGAAGAACCAUUCGACAACCUCAACCAGUUCCUCAAAGAAAGUGCAAUCCUGUCAGAAGCGCAGUGUUCAUAAAAACACAUAAAACAGGGAGCACUACCAUCAGCACUGUUUUAAACAGAUACGGUGAGAGGCACAACUUAUCCUUUCUUGCCAACAAACGGGAUCCUACAAGAGGACAUUUCCGCACUAUUCUGGUCAAGAACAAGACGAUAUUGCCGCCCUUAGGGGUCGCCAAUAAUGAUUUCGUAAACUACAAGAACUACAACUUGAUGACAUUCCAUAUAUUUUUCUUACCAAAUGAGAAUAAAUUAAAACAGGUAAUGAGUCCAGAACCACGAUUCUUCACUAUUCUUCGGAAUCCAGUCAGACAAUGGGAGUCAGCAUUCUUUUUCUUCAAAGGAUAUAAGUCAAUGAAAGUACCUGGAAAAAAUUCAUCUCAAUAUGUCAACAACUUUUUCAAGAAACCAGACACAUAUUGGGGAAAAAAGUUCAAGAGCAUACAUCGAAAUGGUCAGUGGGUUGAUAUAAUUGGAAGUUCACGGGACAUCAACGAAAAUAUGACUCAUGUCGAAGAAUUAAUCAAAGAACUUGAUAAAAAGUUACAUUUAGUGCUAAUCACCGACUACGUUGAUGAGUCGCUGAUUCUACUUAAACGUCUCCUCUGUUGGGAGUUUGAGGACUUGUUGUACGUUAAGAUGAAUCAACGUCCUUCAAAUUCAAGUGGAUUGAUGAGUGAAGACCUGCAAGAGAAGAUUAGGCAGUGGAAUAAAGCAGAUAUGAUUUUGUAUGACCAUUUCAAUAGAACUCUGUGGAAAAAGAUAAAUGAUAUUGGGCCAAACUUUUACAAGGAUCUCGUCGUAUUCCGAAAGAUGUUGGACAAUUACAACAAAUGGUGCAAUGUUACUAUGACAGCUAACAAAAUAAGGAAAGUACCUGUGGCACAAAACUCAUCAGCUAUUUGUCAAAGACUUGUAGCAACGCACAAACAUUAUUUGAAAAUAAUGUUGGACCGCCAGAACCAGACAGCAUUUUCUAUGAACACUUCUCAAACUAUAUCGUAAACCUCUUUACAUAAGCAAUGAUAACAAGAUACUGUUGGACAAAAUUAUUUCGAGUUUAGUUUCCCGAGAUUUUUACUCAUUAUCCAUAGCGCUUGCUUUCGUAAUAUGCUGCAAUGGGGGAGGGGGAAUUCUGCUCCAAAGCACAUUGUUACCUUUUCAAUCGAUAGUGCCAAAUUA